AUGUCCGGCUUAGAGGUUCUAGGCGCCAUCACGGGGGUAUUGGGCAUUCUACCUAUGGCUGUUGACACAGCUCAAUGGUACAAAACAACUCUCUCGUCGAUACGAUAUGCCGCGCGGGAUCUAAAACGCCUCAUUGAAGAACUGGAGACGGAAAAAGUCCGCCUACAAACCACUUGUGAAGUGCUCCUGGAUGGGAUCUCUCCGCUUGCUAUGAUAGACGGCAUGGCUAAAGAUUCUUUUCUCGCCUUUUGGAAGAAGCACAACCACUUGCUGAACCUACGGCUCGGGGGAUCGGAACAGAAGAUCAAAGAUCAUAUUUUAGGCAUGCGCAAGGCUGCUAACGAGCUAGAAGCCAAACUGUGGAUAUAUGGUGGUGGUAGCUCAAAACCAGCAGAUAAGCGCUCCAUCAUCAGGGAACUUAAGAAAAACAUGUCUUUCACGCUCAAGAAAAGAGAUUAUAACGACAUCUUAUCGAAGAUCAAGGUCGGAAACUCGGCGCUUGAAGAACUUGCCCGUAAUAAUCGAAAACUCGAACCGAGCAGGCGAAAGCAGUCCCAGACCCGACUAAUACAUUUCGUGCGAGGACUUUCGAAGGAUGUUUUCCAGGCCAUUCAAACUUCGACAACCUGUGAAUGCAUUGCUUCUCAUCGAGUGUGUCUCGAGCUCGUGAAAAGGGAGGCGGUCCUGACAUCCGAGGACAAGAAUGACGACGUCGCGCGAGACUGGAACUUCCACGUUGCCUUUGGUUUUGGCGACAACGCGGAAACCAAUAGCACCGAUCAUCAGUCUAUGUCCGCAAACGAGCAAUUGAUCAACCGUUGGAGUAAUAUCUACCUUCGGCUGGGCACUUUCGGGAUCAUCCAAACAACGGCUAUCAAACCUGAACCCUUGCCGGCCCCUGAAGACCCGGAGCCGACAAAGAAGACUCUGUUGCAACGGUUUAAAUUGCGGCGCCGCAGAGAUAAAAAUAGGCGUCCAAGCACAAUUAUUAGUGCGAUGGAAGGAGCACGUUCAUGUGCAAUGGCAACGAUGCCCAUAAUGGCUGCAUCUUCUAAACCGGUUUCAAAUCUAUGCCACAUGUUGAGCACUUAUACUGAGCGACCGGACACGUAUUGCCUCGGCUAUGUAGCGAGUCAUGAUCGGAAGUUUGGAAUACACCUCCCAAACUCACGUAUGGACCGCUAUACGGUAUCAACACUUCGAGAAGUAUUGGAAGGAAAGCGUCAGUUGAGUUAUCCGGAGAAACUGAAAAUUGCACACGCAAUUGCUGUCAAUACUCUCCAUCUUUACAAGACUCCCUGGGUUGACGAAUGCUUGACUCUCGAUUCCGUCGUUUUCUUCUUACCCAACGAUGAUGGAGAUGUCGAUACCACACUUCUAGAUCGACCAUUUGUGGUCAAGAACUUUCCGACUCCGCCAAGCCAGCAGAGUAGAACACCGAGACGAAUUGACGGCGCGGUUUUCUCGGUUGGGGCUCUACUCAUCCAGUUGAUGAUUGGGAAGGCCGAAAACGCGCUGGAGAUGACAGGACCAAUGAAUUUUGGCACGAUUAUCACAAAGCGGGACGAGGGUAGACAACUGUUCGAUCGGCUUUUGGAAAGCAGUGGUUUCAACCUUAAACCUGCCAUAGAAUGGUGUUUCAACAGCAUGUAUCAUCGGAUGGGCGGCCUGCAGGAUGAGCAGUACUGCCAGCGGUUUUUCGAGGAGGUGGUGUCGAGACUUGAAGAGGAGAUUAAGUAUUUUUCUGGGAAUUAA